AUUUUUCUUAUAUCACCUGAAUGCACCACCUUUUCCUUUACCACCUGUGCCACAGGUGAUGCUAAUGAAUAUAAUCAAGCUCAGCUCCAUAAUUCCUCAUUUCAGAGAUUGUGGUGACACAUUGAAAGUCCUGAAUCUUGACUUCUGUCAAUGAAACGAUGAAGCUCACAGACAGUAACGUGAUUCGGUAUCACCUUCAAGUUUUGUAUGGGAUUUCUGCAAAGAGCUCUGAGAAAAAAAAGGAGAAACAGUUGAUAUUCAGUGGUACAAAAGUCUUUGGUGUUCCUUUAGAAAAUCUGCCCCGACGAUACAUUCCUGAGUUUGGACUUGUGCCCUGGUUUUUGGUGGAUGCUUGCUCUUUCCUGUUGGAGCGUGUUGGGACUGUUGGUCUGUUCAGAAAACCAGGUUCACUUCCUCGUAUUAGGAUCCUCAGGGCAAAGAUCAAUCGGGGAGAGAGUUGUCUUUCCACAGCAGUGCCCUAUGAUGUUGCCACACUAGUCAAACAAUUUUGCAGGGAGCUUCCAGAACCACUGCUCCCCACUGAGCUCCACACAGCUAUGCUCAAAGCCCAAGCACUGUCUAAGCUGCGGGACCAGAUGGCAGCCCUCCAGCUGCUGUCAUGUCUCCUGCCUGCCAGAAACUCCUCAUGUCUACAUUAUCUGUUUGAUUUCCUCUGUAAGGUUUCUCAGAGGUGCUCUGACAACUUGAUGACCAGCUCCAACAUUGCUACCAUCUUCACUCCGUGUCUUUUACCCCCUCCAAACAAAACAGAAAUGUCUGAAUCCCGACUUGAACUCAGGGUCCACGUCCUGCGGACAUUUAUUGAAAGUCCCCAGCUGUUUGGUGUGAUUCCUAAAACUGUAAUGGAAAGUAUGGAAUUUCUGAAGAAUUACGUUUUUCCGAAAGACGAAACCUCAAAGAAAAUUAACCAAAAGAGAUACGGUUUUAAAGUCAUGCGAUCCAUGAAGACAGUACCCUGGAUUCAGGGAAAGCCAAAGGCCAGGCCUGAAGAGUUUAUGCAGAGCCAGGAGACCACAGCCGAGGAGAGACCAAAGCUGAGGAGAAGCUUUGGCCUGGAAACCUUCCCCAAUGUUGAGCUAUUCAGAACGUGUGUGCCUCAUGCAGAUAAGGAGUUGUGCAAAAUGGCAACUUUGGAUAAACUACAAUUGACACACUGGAAGAGGCGCUCUUUACCAUGAUGCAUUUGUUUAAUGUCUGUACAGCAUUUUUGUUCUAAUCCCUGUGUAAUGUAUUAGGCUAGUUCAACAUUAUUUUAAAUUAAACAUAUUUAAAUAAAACAGUUUUGCCUACAUUGUUGCAUUUUCUAUUCCAGUAAAUAUCUAUUUAUCUGCUAUAUCCACUAAUAUGAUCAAAGG